CAACUAUCAGAGGAAAGGAUAGCCUGCCCUACGCGCCUGAGUUAUCCGAAAUGCUUUUACCGGACUCUUCGGAAGUGUACAGGAUAUGAAUGAAGUUAUGAAUGGAGUUAUGAAUGGAGUUACGCCUAGUGGUCUUGGGAACGCCGCGGCUCUAUGUGGUAGUCUCUACACUGUAUUUACGUAGUAGGUACGGAAGAGAAUCAUCGUUUUCUUCCUUCAUAUCUCAAAAUAAGUCCGUCACUUAUUUCUCACCAUUCAAGCCACGAGUCAUCCAUCUAUCAGAACCUACUCUCCACCAUCUUACUCACGUCAAUAUACUACGUCGUCAAGAUGUCCACCAUGAAGGCAGCACAAUGGGAUCCGACCCAGAAGAAGAUCGUCGUCAACGAGAUCCCGAUUCCAGAGCCAGGGCCAAAUCAAUUCCUAGUCAAGACCACCUCGGCCUCCCUCUGCCACAGCGAUAUAAUGGCAAUAGAUACUCCCGGCCGUGAAAAGCCCAUCACUCUCGGUCAUGAAGGAGCGGGCAGGAUUGCAAAAAUCCAUCCCAGCGCGGAAGGCAAGGGCUUUAAGGAAGGCGACGACAUAGGUUUCCUAUAUAUCGUCGGCUGCUGUUUCGAAUGCGACGGAUGCCUAGUCCACAACUUACAUUGCGAGACCGGAAAACAGCUGCUGCAGGGCUUCACAACAGACGGCUUCUUCGCCGAAUAUGCAGUCGUCGACUACCAGAAUGCUGUCAUUCUCCCAACGGGCUUAGAUCCAAGGAAAGCCUCUCCAAUCUUCUGCGCAGGUAUCACUGCUUUCCACUCCGUCGAUUCGUCCGAACUGAAGGAGGGCGACUGGUUCGGCGUAGUUGGUUGUGGUGGCCUCGGCCAGCUCGCAACUCAAUACGCGAAGGCCAUGGGUGCCAAAGUCGUUGGUAUCGACAUCAACGAUGAAGUCCUCGCCACAUGCAAGUCACAAGGCGCUGACGCGAUUUUCAACUCUCGCACAAACCCCAACUGGGCAGAAGAUGUCCGGACCCUCACUAACGGUGGAGUCAAGUCCGUAGCCGUGUAUAGCAACGCCCAAGUGGCCUACGCCACUGCUCCCUCGAUUAUCAAACUCGGUGGCAUUCUGAUGGUUAUCGGCAUUGCGCACAAGCCGAUCGAGGUGUCAACUAUGGACUUGACUAUUGGAAAGUACCGUAUCAAGGCGGAGAGUACGAGCAUACCGCAGCGAAUGAACAAGGCGAUUGAGUUCACCGCGAAGUAUAAUAUCACCCCGGAGGUGCAGACUUUUGAUAAGCUGGACGAUCUGGCGGGGAUGGUGGAGCUAAUGAAGGCGGGGAAAUUCACAAAGCGUAUGGUUAUUGUUUUCUAGGUUGAUGCUGCAAAAUAUCCCAG